UCGGUGCCUGGAUCUCCCAGGGAACAGGUGUUCUGGCAUCAGGCCUGUCACUCUCUUUGCUGGGGUGGUGGAAGACAGGCUCAGCCCGGGCAAUGGGGAACCAAGGCACUGCAGCAGGGAACCACUAGCUCGGCGUUGGCAAGAGGUUCUCUGGCGUUUCAGGCACCCUCUUCCCUAAUCUCCCAGGAAGACAGAAACAACUGAAUCUGGAGUCUUCUGCAGGCAAAACAUGGCGUUGAAAUGGGUCACGGUGGGCUUCCUCUGCACUGGGUGUUUCUGGUUCCUUGUGAGCUCCGAGAAGCUGUGGCAGAAGUUGGAGCAAGAGCACUCCAGGCUCUGUCCUUGGGAAUGCAUGAUUUUCGUCCAGAUGUGGCCAGGCUCAUUUUGUGUGUCUCUAACAAGUAAGCUUGACUGUAUCCUGACCAAGAACGCAAAGAACUGGACCAUCCAUGGAUUAUGGCCAAAUGACAUCAAGGAAUGCUGUCCGUACUGGCAGCUCUUCCCUUCCGACCUGACGAACUUGGUGUCUGAGCUGAACAGUCACUGGCCAACUUUCACCAACCUGACCAGCUUCCAGUUUUGGGAGAAAGAAUGGAAAAAACACGGGACUUGUGCUGGUUGCAUGGAGACCUUGAAUAGCCCAAAUAAGUUCUUUGGGGCCGCACUCUUCCUGCGUACCAAAUACAAUAUUGACAGGGCUUUCGAAAGGGCUGCUAUUGUUCCCUCCUGUACGUGGAGUUACCAGCUUCACACCUUUGCGGACAUCCUUCGGCCCCUCCUGGGACCUCAGUACGAGCUGCAGUGUGUGACGGACGGGCAGCAGGGGCGGCAAAUCCUGGUUCAAAUCAAGGUUUCCUUGUUCGGCAACUUCUCCACUGGCUGCUUCCCGGGCACUUCCAUGGACAUCUCCCCCUACCAGCCUUGCAAGGCUCAGAGGAGGAUUUUUUACGUCCCGCCCAACCUGAAGAAUCCACGCAACCCCUGCCCGUGAUCCAAGGCCGGCCGAGAAAUCGGUCAGAGGAGAGUGUUAGCAAGGAACCGGAAGACGCCCAUCAUCUGGGGCCGUGGAAUUUCCAGCCACCGAUUUGCAGGAACAGUCACUGGCCGGCCAACAAUCAAUGUCUACUCCCACCACCAAAGUUUGGAGGACCCCAACAGCUUGAGCCAUCUCUGUGACCAGCUAUGUAAAUCUCAUUACUAAAUCCAUUGCCCACGAGUGGCCUACUAUGAUAAGUGGUUCCCAACAGUUCUUUAAAGUGCGAGGUACGUCCAGGUUGACGUAAGUCCUUCUGAAUUCAGUGGUAAUAUACCCCCCAGCAUGAAGUGCCUUGAAAUGAUUUUAAUUUUGCCCAGGACGGGGUUGCCUCCCUACCUUGCAAAAAUAGAAGAGAUUAUUGAUAAACAUCCUUCCACAAAGGGCCAGACAUUCGGGACAAGCCAACAUUGGCCAGACUUCAAACGGAUGGAGUUACCCAAACGAAACAGGCCACGAUCGUGUGACUAAAAGAAUUGCUAAAAAGCAUAGCUUUACGAUACAAUCCUGCAAAUAUGAAUACUCUUGCGACGAGAGAGCAGCAGCGUGAUGCAGCUGUCCACAGGGGAGAACUUCCAAUCUCCUUUUUCUGAUUCUUCCUUUGAUUCUUUAUACUGCUGUAUUUAAAAAUUCGAAUUAGGAGAAAAGGGGAAAACUUCCAGUCUCUUCUUGGUCCUGACGUCGGGUGGGUCAACCCCUGAGGAAUACGGCAAAGGAAGAGUGGCUCCUCAGAGUAAAAUUAGAAUAAAUACAUGUA